AUGCCAGCUAAGGCAGCUCAACCAAAAAAGACUCAAAAAGAAGCCGCAAGUUCAUCUAGCGGUGGUAAAGCUAAAAAGAAGAAGUGGUCGAAAGGAAAAGUUCGCGAUAAACUUAACAACAUGGUUUUAUUCGAUAAACCAUCAUAUGACAAAUGUGUCAAAGAUUUACCACAAUAUAAAUUAAUUACACCAGCUAUUGUCUGUGAACGUUUUAAAGUUCGUGGUUCACUCGCUCGUGCUAUCAUUCGUGAACUCGUUCGUAAAGGUCUUGUUCGACCUGUUGUUAAACAUAGUCGACAAGAAAUUUAUACACGAGCAACCAAAGAAGAUGCACCAGGUGAAGCAGAAGCUGGUAAAGAAGGUGGAACUGAAAAGAAGGAAGGUGGUGGUGGCAAAAAAACUGGCAAGAAAGCAGCUAAAGAAGCAGCAGCCGCAGCAGAAACCGCAGCUGAUGACGCUUAA